AUGUCUCCAAGUCAGAAACAUUCUAUUCUUCUUCUUCUUUUUCAACUUCUGUUUCUGUUCUUCUUUUCAUUGAAAAUAGUAUCAUCAGCAAGAACAGAAGCCAAAGCUCUGGUCAAAUGGAAGAACAGCUUAUCUUCUGCGUCACUCGAUUCAUGGUCCUUCACCAACAUCAACAACCGCUGCAACUGGACCGGCAUUGUCUGUAAUGGUGCCGGAAGUGUUUCCGAGAUAAACCUCUCCUACUCAAAUCUCAAUGGAACACUCUAUCAACUCAAUUUCACAUCACUACCAAAUCUCACCCGCUUGGAUCUCAAUUUCAACAAUCUCAUGGGAUCUAUUCCUUACGAAAUUGGUAAUCUCUCCAAGCUCCAUUUUUUGAACCUUGCCAACAAUAAUUUCACCGAUUUCAUCCCCUCAGAGAUAGGUCAGUUGUCGGCGCUUCGUGUUCUUGAUCUCAGUGGAAACAGUUUGAUGGGUCCAAUUCCGUAUCAACUCAGCAAUCUUCAGAACGUAUGGCAGUUGUACCUUGGAUCCAAUUACUUGGAAUCCCCUGAUUCAUCUAAGUUCAUUGGCAUGCCAAGAUUGCAAUACCUAAGCUUAUUUCUCAAUUCACUUUUUAUGGAAUUCCCACCUUUCAUUCUUCGCUGCCAAAAUCUGAUUUACCUUGAUCUCUCACAGAACAACCUGACGGGUUCUUUACCAAUCUCACUCGUAACCAAUCUACACAAGAUUCAAUACCUCAAUCUUAGUCAGAAUUUCUUUGAAGGAUCAUUGCCUGCAAAUCUGUCAGAACUCGCCGGUCUCAAAGAUCUACAUCUAGGAGGCAACAGAUUCAUCGGUGGUAUACCUGCUGAGAUUGGUUUGCUUCGCAGUCUUCGUGUUCUUACAUUAAACAAUAAUUCAUUAGGAGGGCAGAUUCCUUCUUCUCUAGGCCAACUCAGUAUGCUUCAGUUACUUGAUCUCCAUGCUUCUGGACUGGAUUCUAAUAUUCCUCCUGAGCUUGGCAAUUGCACUAACCUCACUUUCCUUGAUCUUUCAAUAAAUUCACUCACUGGGGUCUUACCUUCGUCCCUGUCAAAUUUGACAAAGAUAUCUGAUUUAGGUAUGUCUAGCAACUUGCUUUCAGGAGAGAUUUCACCUUAUUUCAUUAACAGUUGGACACAAUUAAUCUCUUUGCAACUUCAAAACAAUUUCUUCACUGGAAAUAUCCCACCAGAGAUUGGCAAGUUGACAAAGCUCCAAUACCUCUUCCUCUUCAUUAAUCAGCUAACAGGGUCAAUCCCACCUGAGCUAGGGAACCUCAAUGAUUUAGUAGAGUUAGACCUCUCAAUGAACGAAAUCACUGGUCCAAUACCUAUCACAUUGUGGAACCUAAAACAGCUUCAACUGCUAAAUCUUUUUUACAACAAUCUAAUUGGUACAAUUGAACCAGAAAUUGGGAACCUGACAUCUGUAAUGGUUCUUGAUUUCGACAACAAUCAGCUGCAAGGGGAGCUUCCAAGCACCAUAUCUCACCUUGAGAAUCUUCAGAUACUUUCCUUGUUUAGCAACAAUUUCUCUGGUAUUAUCCCAAAGGAUUUGGGAAAUAGAAGUUCCUAUUUGGCUUAUGUUGAAAUUUCUAACAACAGCUUUUCUGGUGAGCUGCCUCUAGGGUUAUGUAGUGGUUUCUCCCUUCAAAAAUUGACAGUGCAGAACAACAGUUUCACAGGGACACUGCCAGAUUGCCUAAAGCAUUGUUCAGAACUAAUCAGAGUUCGUCUAGAUGGGAACAGAUUCACUGGAGACAUAUCAGAGGCAUUUGGAGUACACCCAAAUCUUGUUUACUUGGAUAUCAGUUUGAAUCAAUUCUCAGGUACGCUCUCACCGAAGUGGGGAAAAUGUGCAAGUCUAACUUAUUUUCACAUUCAUGGGAAUCAAAUUGGAGGUAAUAUUCCAGUUGAGAUUGGGAGUCUGAACCAAUUGCAAGACCUAAGCCUGUCUUCAAAUGAGUUGAUUGGAGAGAUUCCAACUGAAUUGGGGGAUUUAGAUUUGUUAUUCAAUCUCAACUUGAGCAACAAUCACUUAACAGGAGUGAUCCCCAACAAAAUUGGGAGGUUGAGUGAACUCCAACAACUCGACUUCGCAGGAAAUGCACUAACAGGAAAUAUUCCUGGGGUGCUUGGCAGUUGCACCAACCUAGUGAUGUUAAACUUAAGCAACAACAAGUUAUCAGGUAAAAUACCACCUGAGCUGGGCUUUUUAGUAGCAUUGCAGUCAUUCCUAGAUCUCAGCACAAAUUCACUAUCAGGAGAAAUCCCACCGGAUCUUGGCAAUCUAGACUCAUUGGAGAAUCUCAAUCUUUCCCAUAACAACCUCUCAGGCAGAAUUCCAACAGAAUUAUCAAGAAUGUCAAGUCUACUAUAUAUUGACCUCUCGUUCAACAAGUUGAGUGGUGAGGUGCCAACUGGAGGCAUUUUCCAACGAGCACCCGAGGAGGCCUUCAUCGGAAAUGCAGGCUUAUGUGGAGAAGCAAAAGUGUUGCCACCUUGUAAUUCCGAUGAGAUCAAUAGAUCCAGAAAGUAUGGUGUAAAUAUUCUUAUUGCUGCCAUUAUCCCUGUUUUUACCAUUUUAUUUUCAGGAACCAUCAUUACUGGACUCCUGAUCCUGAGAAGGAAACCAAGACAACCAUCUGAAGAUAUGGAAAGUAGCAAAGAGGAUGAUGAGAUACCUCCCUCAUUGAUUUUGGAAAGUGAAGGGAGAUUCACAUUCACUGAUGUUGUCAAUUGUACUGAGUUUGAUGAGAAUUAUUGCAUUGGAAAAGGAGGUUUUGGGAGUGUUUACAAAGCAGUGUUGCCAACAGGUCAAAUUGUCGUCAUUAAAAAACUGAAUUUUCCAGAUUCAGGUGAUAUCCCAGAAACAAAUCGACAAAGUUUUGAGAAUGAAAUCCGCUUGUUAAGAGAUGUACGACACCGAAAUAUCAUUAAACUGUAUGGAUUUUGUUCUAUGGAGGGUUAUUUGAGUUUGGUUUAUGAGUAUGUAGAGAGGGGUAGUCUGGGAAAGGUUCUGUAUGGGGAGGAAGGGGAGGGGGAGCUGGACUGGUUGAAGAGAAUGAAGAUUGUCCAAGGGGUGGCCCAUGCUAUUGCUUAUUUGCACCAUGACUGUGUUCCAGCAAUUGUUCACAGGGACAUAACUGUUAAUAAUAUUUUGCUUGGGUCAGGUUUUGAGCCUCGGCUUUCUGACUUUAGAACAGCCAAGUUAUUAAGGCCUGAUUCAUCCAACUGGACCGACGUUGUUGGAUCUUAUGGUUACAUGGCUCCAGAGAUUGCAUUGACGAUGAAGGUCACAGAAAAAUGUGACAUUUAUAGCUUUGGGGUGGUAGCAUUGGAAAUUAUGAUGGGAAGGCACCCAAAAGAAUUCAUAUCUUCUUUGUCAUUAUCAUCAUAUAAUAAUGAUGAUUUGCAGUUGAUGGAUUUGUUGGACCAAAGGCUUCCACCUCCCACAGGUCAAUUGGCUGAAGAUGUAGUAUUUGUAGUUAAAAUGGCCCUAUCUUGCACAAGUGUUGGUCCUGAGUCACGACCUACCAUGCGUUUCCUGGCACAGGAGCUAUCUACUCACACCCAGACAUAUCUGGACUAUGAUGUUGAACUUUAA